UCGGCAGGUGUGCGAGGAGCAUGGCGGCCAUUAGUCCAGCAGGCGCCAUUAGAGUGAAGACGGCGGCUCCUACCUGCGAGGAAACAUUCCUGCUGCUUGCCGCAACAUGUGGACGCCCUCGCCGCGUCACGUCAGCUGGGAGCCCGCCGGGAACUUUGUCUCCAGUGAGUCACCAGCAGGAGGACGGCAGACACCACCCAGCCUCUCGCGGGAUAUACAACACUUUUAUGCCGCCAUGACCACCUCAACCUUCUUCCACUUUGCCCGGCAUUCGGCCAUGAAAGUCACGCUGUGACUUAAACCUUCUUCCAUUUUGGCCAACAUUCGGCCAUGAAAGUCACGCUGUGACUUCGCGCUUCUUCCUCAUUCGGCCAUGAAAGUGACGGUGUGACUCAAAGCUUCUUCCACAUUCGGCCAUGAAAGUGACGGUGUGCUUCGGACGCACGCGGGUGGUGGUCCCGUGCGGGGACGGAGACAUGACGGUCAGUAGCCUGGUCGCCCAAGCCGCCAUGAGGUACAAGAGAGCCAUCGCCAAGGACUCCAGCUACUGGGUUCAGGUCCACCGGUUGGAACACCACGACGGAGGAAUCCUGGACUUGGGCGACGUGCUGUGCGACGUGGCGGAUGACAAAGACAGGUUGGUGGCCGUCUUCGAAGAGCAGGACCCUCACAACGGAGGUGACGGCACCAGCGCCAGCUCGACGGGGACACAGAGUCCAGAACCCUACGUGGGCCAGCUGAGCUCCACCUCCGCCUUCCAGCCCUACCAGGCUGACGGCGAGAUCGAGGUCACGCCGUCGGCGCUGCGAUCGAACAUGCCUCUCCGCGUCCGUCGCAGCAGCGAUCCCUCGCUGGUUGGCCUCCCCGCCGCUGAAAUUCCACUUGGCGAGGAAGAACCGUCGAGAAAGAACCCGAGUCGCUGGUCCACCACCGCCGGCCUCCAGAAGUACAACCACCAGGCACAUCAGAACCCUGGCACCAACAGCCUCGAACGGAAGGGCAGGGGAGGCCACGCCUACCGGAGUCUUCCUCGCGACGGCGGUGGCAGGACCACUCAGUUCCAGCGGGAGAUGACCAGGUCUUCCCUCAGCGCCAAUCAUCCCAUGGUGGACCGCUGGCUGGAUCGACAAGAACAGGAAGAAGAAGAGACCAGACGGAAACUCAGAGUUGAGAGGAUAGAACCAGUGGGAAGAGCCGACUCCGCCUUGGACCAUUGGCCGCUGCCCAGUCUGGAAGCCUUGCUCAAGCCCGUGGAGGUGUCCAACAAAGGAGGGCCCCUGGGGAUCCACCUGGUGCCUUUCAGUGCACAAGAUUUCAGGACCCAGGGCAUGCUGGUCAAUCGUCUGGAGCGCGGGGGCAAGGCGGAGCAGGAGCGUCUCUUCCAGAAGAAUGAUUGCAUUGUCAGGAUCAAUCAGAGAGAUAUACGCAACCUCCACUUUGAACAAGCCCAGAACAUUUUCAGGCAGGCCAUGGCUUCCACCCCCAUCCUCUUCCACGUGGUCCCCGCCGCCAAGAAGAAGCAGUACGAGCUGCUGGCGGGCAGAAGUGACCUCAGCUCGCCCCAGUCCGGCAGGGUCCGCGUGAGCCAAGGCUCUUGGCAUUCCGGAGACAGGACCAGCCUGAAGGGGGGGAGAACAUCCAGUCUACGGGACUCCCUGGCAGGGAGCAGCCCUGAGCCGAGGCACAGGUACGCCACGCUACCCCAGUCGUUGCUGUCCAGCGCCUCGUCCACCUCAUCGGCUUCCCUGCAGCGCAGGAUAAGCACCACCUUGUCCAACAGCUCCUACGUCGCGGGCCGAGGACGCAGUUUCAACAUCCAGUUGAAGAAAGGUCCGGAAGGACUUGGGUUCAGCAUCACUUCCCGAGAUGUUCCAGUUGGUGGCAGCGCUCCUAUUUAUGUCAAAAACAUACUGGCUCGGGGUGCCGCCAUCCAAGAUGGUAGACUCAAAGCUGGAGACUGUCUUCUGAAGGUCGGUGGUGUGGACCUGAGUGGUAAAACCCAAGAAGAGGUGGUGGCCGUGCUGCGUGCUGCACCCAUGGGUGGGGUAGUCAACCUGCUGGUGACUCGUCCAGAGGAACCCCUGCUGCCUCGAGAAGUGGACCAGGACAGGACCGAGCACUCAGCUGGUUUCUCUCCCAUCGCCGUGAAGAAAGGAUGUAACAUUGAAAGGCGGGCGAGGAGAGUCCAGGGUGUUGCUGACGGCCAUGACCGUCUGUCCAGGAGUGUGUCGGGUCACCACCGCACACCUGCUGAGGUUCUGAAGGCUCUAUCGCUGGUCCAUGCCUGGGUGGAUCUGCUGGUGCCAGAAAAUGAUGAUAAAUGCUUGUCUGCUUCCAUUCCAUCUAAAUGUGAGAAGAAGAUCAGAGAGGCCAACAUGAAAGAAAUGAAAACAUGGAAACCCGUGUGCAAGCGUCAUGUGGACUUCCAAACAAGCUAA